CUAGAUGUGGGGCAGUGUGAAAAAAUUCCAACCAAAUCUUUUUUCGUAGAUAGCCGACCAAAAAUAGACCGAAAUCAAGAUGCCUCCAAAGAAGGGAGAAGGACCAAAACAACCACCGCUGAUUGGACGCUUCGGGACGUCUUUGAAGAUUGGGAUCGUGGGAUUGCCGAAUGUUGGGAAGUCAACAUUCUUCAAUGUGCUGACCAAGAGCCAGGCCGCAGCAGAGAAUUUUCCCUUCUGCACCAUCGACCCCAACGAGAGCAGAGUACCCAUCCCUGACGAACGCUAUGACUACCUCUGCACCUUCCACAAGCCCCUCAGUAAAGUCCCAGCGUUUCUGAAUGUGGUGGACAUAGCUGGGCUGGUGAAAGGAGCUCACGCUGGACAAGGACUGGGCAACGCCUUCCUGUCUCACAUUAGUGCCUGCGAUGGCAUCUUCCACAUGACACGUGCGUUUGAGGAUGAGGACAUCAUCCAUGUGGAGGGUAAUGUGGACCCAGUGAGGGACAUUGAGAUAAUCCAUGAGGAGCUACGGCUGAAGGAUGAGGAGUCUCUUGGACCAAUCAUAGAUAAGUUGGAGAAGACCGCUGUCAGAGGUGGAGACAAGAAACUCAAACCUGAAUACGACAUCAUGUUGAAGGUAAAGAACUGGAUUUCGGAGGAGAAGAAACAUGUCCGCUUCUACAAUGACUGGAACGAGAAGGAGAUAGAUGUGCUGAACAAAUACCUGUUCCUCACAUCCAAACCCAUGAUCUACCUGGUCAACCUCUCAGAGAAGGACUACAUCAGGAAAAAGAACAAGUGGCUGAUUAAGAUUAAGGAGUGGGUCGAUGCCCAUGACCCAGGAGCUAUGGUCAUACCAGUGAGUGGAGGUCUUGAGGCCAAACUACAGGACAUGACCGACGAGGAGAAGGACAAAUACUGUGAGGAGGCGAAGACUCAGAGUGUACUGACUAAGAUCAUUAAGACGGGCUAUGCAGCUCUGCAGUUGGAAUAUUUCUUCACAGCGGGACCAGACGAAGUUAGAGCGUGGACUGUCAGGAAAGGCAGCAAGGCGCCCCAGGCGGCAGGGAAGAUCCACACCGACUUUGAGAAAGGUUUCAUCAUGGCAGAGGUCAUGAAGUUCCAGGACUUCAAAGAAGAGGGCACCGAGAAUGCUGUCAAGGCUGCUGGGAAGUACAGGCAGCUGGGCAGGAACUACAUCGUGGAGGACGGAGACAUUAUAUUUUUCAAAUUCAACACACCCAAUGCACCCAAGGCGGCGAAGAAGUGAUGGGACCAAUGCGACCAGUACAAUAACACAGGGUUCUUGUGUCCCGUCUCAAUUUGUCCUCGAGGGCCGCAGUGUCUACUGAUUUUUCUCCUUUCUCCCUGGUAUUAUGAAUAGAAGAUAGAAUUAGUCAAUCAUUCUUAAUUCUAUGUAUGGUAGGAUAAAAAUCGAGUGCACACUGUAACCAUUGAGGUCCUGACCAGGUCCUAGUGUUUUCUGGUCAGGUUAUUUUGUCAGGAAAAACUCUGGUCUGAUCGGAACAUUGAGGGACCAUUAUUAUUUUAAGUAAAGUAGGCAUCUCUGACCGUGCCUGACCAGAAACCACCAACGUGACUUUUAGCUUGGGACCCUGAUUAUCGCACCGUCCCAUACACUAUUAUAUUAAAUCUAUAUCUUUGCCCACCUCACACAAGACAUUGCAGCCACAUUGUGAAUAAGAGGAAGAUAUAAAUCAGUCUUCUGACACCCCAGGCCACGUUCAUAUUUGUGGAGGUGAAUAUUGUUUUAAUAUCCUCUGGUUACAAAAGGAAAACAUCAACUAGCUAGCUUGCUACUUAGCUAAACAAUGGAAGGUGCACAAUCCAUGGCUACAAAGCUAGCUGGCAAACAAGCUACCUACUCUAUAAAUUAAUAGAAGUUGAGAAAAAAGUUACUAAAAUAAAUGUUUUAUCUUCUGAAUCAAUUUAUUUUUCCUGUAUUGAAUGUAGAAGUUCUAGUUUAAUCUCCCUCCCAAAAAACGCAAUCUCUGAGACUUUGUCAGUGAAUCAGGUUGUCUCCAUGGUACCCAAACAAUUUCUGCCAUACAGUACAUGCCUUCAAACUACCAUAAAACCAUUUAAGUAUGCCCUUACCUAAGGAAACUGUUUGAGGGAUUCUAUGCAACGCUCCAAUUCCCUUAGGCAAGGAGAAAUUAUGUUUUAUGCAACUGGGCCCGGGCCUGACAAACAUUUUCAUGGAAACGCAUGUACUGCAACCACUAUGGGUCAACAAUACACUUAAUAAAACAA